CAAACCAGGAGAGAGGGGGGAGGAGUGAACAGGAGCCGCCCCGGCUUUGGGCAGAUAACCCCGCUCAGCGCUAGCCGCCCAGCCUGGACACGGCGGGCCCGGGCGCUCCCCGACCCCCUCCUCCCGGUUCCCAGGGGGCCCCCGGGCGGGGGCGGCAGCUGGGGUGGCCCGGCCUGGGUGGUCCCGCGCGCCCCCCAAGGCGCCGUUGCCUAGCAGCGGAUCCGGCCCGGGGCUGCGGUCAUUCGCAGGCAGCGCAGCCAAUGGGAGGGCGGCCCCCGCCCGCUCCCUUUUUCUGGGGCCGCUUGGUUCGCCACCUCUAGCCGCCCGCAGCUCGGCAGCCUGCACCGCGCCGCCCCCUCGCAGCCCGCCCGGCUCACGGCUCCCACCCACGCCCGGCGCCUAUGGGGGCGCCCAGAUAACGCGGGCUUGGGGCGCCCACGGCCCCCACCCCCGCCUGCAUGGUGGGGCCUCCGCCCCAGGGGGAGCCGCCCCGGGGCCGCCCGGCUCCAGCGCGCCCCGCUGCGCCACAGAUACUGGGCGGGAGCCUGAAGGCUCCGCUCUGGCUUCGAGCUUACUUCCAGGGCCUGCUCUUCUCUCUGGGCUGCGGGAUCCAGAGACACUGUGGCAAAGUGCUCUUCCUGGGACUGCUGGCCUUGGGGGCCCUGGCCCUGGGCCUCCGCGUGGCUGUCAUUGAGACGGACCUAGAGCAGCUCUGGGUGGAAGUUGGCAGCCAGGUGAGCCAAGAGCUACGCUACACCAAGGAGAAGCUGGGAGAAGAGGCUGCGUACACCUCCCAGAUGUUGAUACAGACCCCACGACAGGAGGGGGAGAAUGUCCUCACACCUGAGGCUCUCGGCCUCCACCUCCAGGCAGCCCUCACUGCUAGUAAAGUGCAAGUAUCACUCUAUGGAAAAUCCUGGGAUCUAAACAAAAUCUGCUACAAGUCAGGAGUGCCCCUCAUUGAAAACGGAAUGAUUGAGCGGAUGAUUGAGAAGCUGUUUCCAUGUGUGAUCCUCACCCCCCUCGACUGCUUCUGGGAGGGAGCCAAACUCCAAGGGGGCUCCGCCUACUUACCGGGUCGGCCUGACAUCCAGUGGACCAACCUGGACCCGGAGCAGCUGCUAGAGGAGCUGGGCCCCUUCGCCUCCCUUGAGGGCUUCCGAGAGCUGCUCGACAAGGCACAGGUGGGCCAGGCCUACGUGGGGAGGCCCUGUCUGCACCCGGAUGACCUUCACUGCCCUCCUAGCGCCCCUAAUCACCACAGCAGGCAGGCUCCCAAUGUGGCUCAGGAGCUGGAUGGAGGCUGCCAUGGCUUCUCUCACAAGUUCAUGCAUUGGCAGGAGGAGUUGCUGCUGGGAGGCAUGACCAGAGACCCCCAGGGACAGCUACUAAGGGCAGAGGCUCUGCAAACCACCUUCCUGCUGAUGAGUCCCCGGCAGCUGUAUGAGCAUUUCCGGGGAGACUACCAGACACACGACAUCGGCUGGAGUGAGGAGCAGGCUGCCACCGUGCUGCAGGCCUGGCAGCGGCGCUUUGUGCAGCUGGCCCAGGAGGUCUUGCCUACAAACGCAUCCCAGCAGGUCCACGCCUUCUCCUCCACCACCCUGGACGACAUCCUGCAUGCCUUCUCUGAAGUCAGUGUUACGCGCGUGGUGGGAGGCUAUCUGCUCAUGCUGGCCUAUGCCUGUGUGACGAUGCUGAGGUGGGACUGUGCCCAGUCUCAGGGUGCUGUGGGCCUUGCAGGGGUGCUGCUGGUUGCCCUGGCAGUAGCCUCUGGCCUUGGACUCUGUGCCUUGCUUGACAUUGCCUUCAAUGCUGCCACUACCCAGGUGCUGCCCUUCUUGGCACUGGGCAUCGGUGUAGAUGACAUUUUCCUGCUGGCACAUGCUUUCACAGAGGUGCCAUCUGGCACCCCUCUCCAGGAGCACACAGGCGCAUGUCUGCAGCGUACGGGCACCAGCGUGGCACUCACAUCCAUCAACAACAUGGUUGCCUUCUUCAUGGCUGCCCUGGUGCCCAUCCCUGCACUGCGGGCCUUCUCCUUGCAGGCAGCCAUUGUGGUCAGCUGCACCUUCGCUGUUGUGAUGCUUGUCUUCCCAGCAGUCCUCAGUCUAGACCUGCACCGACGCCACUCCCAGCGCCUGGAUGUACUCUGCUGCUUCUCCAGCCCCUGCUCUGCUCGGGUGAUUCAGAUUCUACCCCAGGAGCUGGGAGACAGGACGGUCCCAGUGGGCAUCACCCGCCUGACAGCCACAGUUCAAGCCUUUGCCCACUGUGAAGCCAGCAGCCAGCAUGUGGUCACCAUUCUGCCUCCCCAAACCCACCUGGUGUCCCCACCAUCUGACCCACUGGGCUCUGAGCUCUUCAUCCCAGGAGGCUCCACGCGGGACCUUCUAGGCCAGGAGGAGGGGACAAGGCAGAAGAUAGCCCACAGGUCCCCACCCUGUGCCUGCUGGAAUCUUGCCCGUUUCGCCCGCUAUCAGUUUGCACCGUUACUGCUUCAGUCACAUACCAAGGCUUUGGUGCUGGUGCUCUUUGGGGCUCUGCUUGGCCUGAGCCUCUAUGGAGCCACACUGGUGCAGGAUGGGCUGGCCCUGACAGACGUGGUGCCUCGGGGCACCAAGGAACAUGCCUUCCUGAGCGCCCAGCUCAGGUACUUCUCCCUGUAUGAGGUGGCCCUGGUGACACAGGGUGGCUUUGACUACGCCCACUCCCAACGCGCCCUCUUUGAUCUGCACCAGCGCUUCAGCUCCCUCAAGGCCGUGUUGCCCCCACCCACCUCCCAGCCGCCCCGCACCUGGCUGCACUAUUACCGCAACUGGCUACAGGGAAUCCAGGCUGCCUUUGACCAGGACUGGGCUGCAGGCCGCAUUACCCGCCACUCCUACCGCAAUGCCUCUGAGGAUGGGGCGCUGGCCUAUAAGCUGCUCAUCCAGACGGGGGACACCCAGGAGCCACUGGACUUCAGCCAGCUGCCCACAAGGAAGCUGGUAGACACAGAGGGGCUGAUCCCGCCAGAGCUUUUCUACUCGGGGCUGACCGUGUGGGUGAACAGUGAUCCCCUGGGCCUGGCAGCCUCACAAGCCAACUUCUACCCCCCACCUCCCGAGUGGCUACAUGACAAAUACGACACCACCGGAGAGAACCUCCGCAUCCCAGCGGCCCAGCCCCUCGAGUUUGCCCAGUUUCCCUUCCUGCUGCGUGGCCUCCAGAGUACUGCAGACUUCGUGGAAGCCAUUGAGGGGGCCCGAGCAGCGUGUGCUGAGGCUGGCAGAGCUGGAGUGCGUGCCUACCCCAGUGGCUCCCCCUUCCUUUUCUGGGAGCAGUAUCUGGGCCUGCGGCGCUGCUUCCUGCUGGCUGUGGGCAUCCUGCUGGUCUGCACUUUCCUCGUCUGUGCCCUGCUGCUGCUCAACCCUUGGAUGGCUGGCCUCAUAGUGCUGGUCCUGGCGAUGAUGACCAUGGAGCUCUUUGGCAUCAUGGGUUUCCUGGGCAUCAAGCUGAGCGCUAUCCCCGUGGUGAUCCUCGUGGCCUCUGUGGGCAUUGGUGUGGAGUUCACGGUCCACGUGGCUCUGGGAUUUCUGACCACCCAAGGGAGCCGGAGCCUACGAGCUGCCCAUGCCCUGGAACACACAUUUGCCCCGGUGACUGACGGGGCUGUCUCCACUCUGCUGGGUCUGCUCAUGCUUGCUGGUUCCAGCUUCGACUUCAUCGUAAGGUACUUCUUCAUGGUGCUGACCGUGCUCACAGUCCUGGGCCUCCUCCACGGCCUCGUGCUGCUACCUGUGUUGCUGUCCAUCCUGGGUCCCCCACCAGAGGUGGUGCAGGUGUACAAAGAAAACACAGAAGUGCUGAACCCCCCAGCUCCACAGGGAGGAGGGCUCAGGUGGGGGGUUCCCCCCAGCCUGCAUCCGAGUUUUGCGAGAGUGACUACCUCCAUGACCGUGGCCCUCCACCCACCCCCACUACCUGGUGCCUAUAUCCACCCAGCCUCGGAUGAACCCGCUUGGCCACCUUCCACCACCCCAGCUGCCAGCAGCUCCAGCACCCCCAUCUCUAGGGGACCAUGUCCAGCUACUGGGUGAAAGACCGGCUGAAGCACAGAGACAGUGAGUGGGUGGGAUACUGAAUGCGGGAUGGACUUCUGGAGCAUCCUGCUGCUGCUGCUGUCUGUCUGCAUCCCUUCCCUUACUUCUCUGAAGUGCAUAUAAAACUUUGGGGCUGGUGCCUGGAGAUACCUUAGUGGGUGGCCCCGCUGUGUGUGAGGCCCUGGAUUCCAAUCCCCAGCACCAGAUGGCAGAACUAUGGUCAGCACUAGAGGAAUGGGGGAGUGCUGUGGUGUCUCUCCUUCCUCCCUCACUUUACCAAAAGAACUGGGUUGUGGAGGCCCCUUGGGUUCAUUCUUUGGUGCCAUAUCACCAUAUCAAAAAAAAAGGAAAAAAAAAGCAUCACUCUCUAGGCUGGGAUGGGGUAAAAGCCAACACCUGAGGCUGCAGGGCAGCCCUGUCCCCACCGCCACCACACACCCCCACUGCCCAUAGCAAACCAAGCCCAAAGGGAUGCUCUGGCAUUCUUUGCCAGUCUGCCCACCCCACUCCACCCCCACUGCGUGGCAACUGCUGGAUUGCUCUCUGUAUCCUGCCAUUCUCCUCCCACUUAAAUUAUUUAUAUAAAGAUGUUUAUUUUUGUAGUUUGUACAGAUGUUAGCUGUGCUGAAAGGUUUUUUAUUUUUAAAUAGUGAAAUAUAUUCUAUAUGAUCUCA